GAUGGCGCCAUACAUUGCAAAGCAAAAAUGACAGUCGAAGAAGACACUGUCACUGUGACUGUCACAGUCGUUGUUUGUGUAAUCAUUGACAUUGGUUGAGUUCUACUUCGUUUGUUCUUUGCUUCAAUAAAGUCAUAUUUUUAAGAGAUCCAUCUGAAAGAGAGGUUUGAUAUCGCACAGGACCUAGCAUUUGUCUAGGUAGCAAGCAACUUUUGAAAAGGCACACAAGGAACACAUGCAACCAGCAAUUCUAAUCACUUGCUAAAUGAACCAAAAAUCCACAGUAAUGUAGAGUGCAGGAGUGAAAACCCCAGUAUGGCUAGAGCUGAAAAUGAACAAUCUUUAGUGGCUAACUUGAGUUCUGGUGUGGAUUAUUUGAAAAUUCAGAAUAAUCUAUUGGGCAUUAAAGCUGAAACAGAAUACUCAGUCACUGACAACAAUCUCAGCAAUCUGUCAAGUGAAAAAUCCAACAUGGAAGUCGAAGGCAAGCCAGAUGUGAAUUGUAACGGAUUACACAGCUCGCCCAACCCUCAUUCACCAGAUGUCAGCACUCUUCUAGACAAUACCCCAUUUCGUUCGGAAACCCAGGACCAGUCCCUAUUAGAUGGCAGCAUCACACGGUCGCAGCGAAGGAAACGGACGAGGAAUUUAAUGUUGCCUGCAGAAACGUACGAGACGUUCUACUUCUGCCUGGUGUGCAGCCAGGGCAUCGGCAACAAGAAGGGGCUAGCCGACCACAUGCGCGAGUUCCAGCAUGGCGAGUCUCCGCGCUGGAAAGCAUUCCAGUGUCCUUCGUGUCAGAUGGUGUUUGCGAACGCGAUGGACGUCGUCACUCACCGCGAGACGCAACACGAUCUGCGGCGUCAGUUCGUCUGCGACGUGUGCGGCCUCGCCUACCACAGGAAGAAGUACUUCUUCCACCACCGGCUGACGCACGGGAGCCGCCGGCGCAUCGCGUGCGACCGCUGCGGCGUCACCUGCUCCACACGACAGGUGCUGCGCCGCCACAUGACCCUGCACCGCGCCGACGCCCCCUAUCGCUGCGCCGUCUGCCAGAAGCGAUUCAAGUCGGACGACCGGCUGCGGGCGCACGUGCGGAUGCAUGUCAGCGAGGCAGUGGCGGCUCGGCACGACGACACGGCGAUCGCGGCUAGGAGGACAGAUGGCGCUGGAGCGGUGGCGCGGCGGGACGGAGUCGUGAAACCAGUCGAGUGUGAGACAUGUGGCAAGACAUUCAAGCAGCAGCAGCUUCUGCACGCGCACACUGCGCGUUUCCACGGCAAUGCGGCGUCACAGACGCACGGGCGGAUGCGCGACCACGUCGCCGUGGAGACGACGCGCGGCGGCGAGCGGCAUGCGUGCGGCGUCUGCCAGCGCGUCUACACGUCGCAGGUGUACCUCGAGCGGCACACGCAGCUGCACUUGGAAGCUCGUUGGCGGCGUAGCCAUGUGUUCACCCUCCCUGCCACACGCGUCACGCACGGCCAUGACGACAAUGUUGACAACACAUUCAUCUGCUCGGCGUGCGACGACCACUUUCACUCCCAGGUGGCGCUCACGAGCCACGUAAACGAUGUGCACCGUGGGGUGCCGCGUCUCCGGCACUCCAGGCCGGCGUCACCGCCGCCUGAUGACGAUUCGGCGCGCGCGGUCGCGCUGUGGCAGGCACCGGACGAGUCUCCUCAAACUACGGGCGAAGAUUGGCUCCAAUCACAGCACGACGCAGAGUUACCGUCGACGAAUCAUGACGCGGUACACUUCAGGACGGAGUCGGACACGGCGACCGUCAUGGCGGACGGGUCGCGUGGCAGCAGGUCGGAGCGGCCGUCACGCAAGCAGCGCUUCCCGCAGAAGCUGGGCAUCUUUCGGCCGCGGCUGCUCGACCCCGGGAGUGGCGACGUUGAACGCUCUGAAGCGGUGGAGUCCGCAGCGCCCCCUGCUGGUCCGCGGGAGCACUGCUCGGAUGCCGAGGCUGCAGCACGCUUGCUGUUCCACGCAGCGAACAAGUCGUCUUCAUGCGCGGCGCAGGACGCCCGCGAUGAGGUCACGUCCGUGACCCCGCGACCCGACGUUUACACAUCGCCGUUCUUCAAGAGUGUCGUGCCGCGGAAAGAUAGAUGGGCGCCGGUCACCUUCAGCGACGACCCACCGCGACACCGGCGCACUCUGGCGCAGCUGCUCGGCGGCGGUGCCCUCGACGACGCGACCGCCGGGAGAGCGGGAGCACUCCUGGAGAUGGCGAAGGCUUUCACACGGGAUUCUGGCAUGACAGGGGGCGCCACCGAGCGCCACGACCAACUGGAUCGGGAAUGUUUGUCGCUGCAGUCAUUCGCAGGUGAAGACAGUUUCUCCGCCAGCCAUGCAUCCGCAGAUGCCGUCAACGCACGGGUAAAGUUGGAGCCGGGUCGGCAAGAGGAGGAGGAGGAGGAGGAGGAGGGGGAGGAGCUCGCGGCCCUACAGCCGGCUGUGACCUCUAUAGGACGGAUGGGAGGCGUUAGCGUAGCCGGUGACAGCCAUAGAGAGGCGAUGCGACAGGAGAGGCUCCUACGGAGACUGCGGCGUACAAGCGCAGCGUCCGCCGCGGCCGACCUCUCUGCCCACGCUCGAGAUCGAGCCUUCGCUGUCGAUGCAGCCCCGUAUAGACGCAGCGCGAAGAAAGCCGCCAGUGUCCACGAAAUCAGCCGAAGUUGCGGCAGCGCGACGCCGCCAGGGGGCAGCACGCGCCCGCGUGAUCCAGACGGGGCGAUGUCUUCGCAGACGCCGUCGAGAGACGGGAGAUAUCUGCGUAGCUGUAAGUCGCUGAGCGGGCCAGCUAAGCCGUCGUCAUCAUCCUCAUCACUGCUGCAGCGCAUUCUCAGCCCGUCGCAGGACAGCGGUGGCGCCACCACGGCCGCAUCACGCAUCCUGGCCAACGUGGCCGCGUGCUGCCCCCGCAAGGUGGCGCCACCGUCGUCGCCGAUGCUGCAGCACAUCCUCGCGCAGCGCGGCGACGAGGCGAACGGUGGCGCCCUCGCCGACUCGCCCGCAACCUCGCUGCUGCAGAGCAUCCUCUGCGCCGCGAGAGAGGGCGCCGGUGAGGCAUCACGCACCACCGGAGGAGGCGCCACUGUAGCGUCGCCCGCGACUCACUCGAGCGAUGGUCGCCGCGGCACGGCACGAACGUGGACAAGCAAUCUCCAGAAGCUGCUGAUGGAUCCCGUGGCUUCCUCCUCCUCUUCCUCAUCCUCGUCGUCAGCUGCCGUCAGCUUCGCGGCGAGGGGAUGCUCACCCGUGCUCAAAUCCCUGCUGACCGGUGGUGGCGGCAGCGGCGGCGGCGGCAUUACGGCCACGCAGCACAGCCGGUCACUCGCAACGACCCCGCUCGAUCGCACGCCGGACGACGCGGGACAGCUGCUCGAGUGCGUGCUCUGCAGUUCCAAGUUUGUCACCCAGGAGGCGCUCUUUCUCCACUCCGUCUCGCUGCAGUGCGUCAAGGGCGAUAUGGCGAUGGACGCUGCCGCCGCCACGGCUCCCUCUCCGCAGGAGCGCGUUGACCCCGACGAUUAUGCGUACGGUGACCCAGGGGUCGCACCGUCGCUGCGUCGGCUGCUAGACGCAUCCGCGGCGACAGUGUCGCGUCUACCUGAGCCGGAUGCGUGGCCGCCCGCCGCCCCCGCAGUCCGGGUCAAGGUCGAGCCAGGGGUCACGGGGAUGACGGGCGCACCGAACCUGCUCGCGAUUCUGCGAGCAGGCGAGUCUGAGACGCAGCGAGGCAUGGGCGAGACGCAGCGAGGCGUGGGCGAGAUGCAGCGAGGCGUGGGCGAGACGCAUGCGAGGCGCCACGACACGAUUGCUCGCUAG